AUGAAGGUGGCGAAGGCCGAUCUGGAUGCGUGGAGGCCAACAGUGGACCAUCGCGUCGCCGGAUUGGAGCAAGCCGUUCACGACCUCGGAAACUACGUCGAGCUUCUCUGGGCCGGCAAUACCUCUCCUAAGAAGGAGGAGCACAUCGAGCAUCCCGCGCCAGACCACACAACGGCCGGGAAUAUGUUGAUGUCGGGUUUCGCUCAUCUGGAACAGACCCCGUGCAGGGCGACAUCUGGGCCAUGUGGCCACCGGCAAGAGGAUCAUCACCGAAGUGUCGGACAUGGGAUGGUGUACGCCACCCUAGAUCCGCCUCCGGUCACAAGUGCGAAGAAUCUCCAUCAAUUGACUCCAACUCCUUUCAAUUUCGAUGGUUCUGCAUCUCGUGAUCAUGUUUGUCAGCCAUUCCCUGCUUCAGCUAUUCCCCAAUUUAGUUUCCCCAAUUUCGAUGGUUCAAAUCCUAGGUUGUGGUCUAGUCGUGCUUCUAUCAUUGCUAUGAAGUGGGAUGCCUUUGUUCUAGCUGUGUCCAAUAGGUUUGAUAAGGAUGAGCAUAAUCAUUUGCUUAGACAUUUUUUCCACGUCAAACAAACUGCUACUGUUUCUGAGUACAUAGAACAAUUCAGUGAGAUUGUCCAACAGCUCCUUGCCCAUGAUUCCACUUUAGCCCCUUCUGUUAUCACCAAUAGAUUUGUUGAUGGUUUAAAAAAGGAAAUUAGGGUUGUUAUUAUGGUUCAUAGACCUCAAGAUCUGGAUGCUGCUAGUUCCUUGGCACUCUUGCAGGAAGAAGCAAUUCAAGACCUUGUUCCAAGGAAGAGUGAAUUGGGAUUAUAUCCCAAAAAGACUUCUCAAGAGCAGUCAAGGACACCUUAUGCUCAAGCUCCAAAUUUCACCAAGACUCCAGAUGAGAAGAAGGAAAAAUGGAAAAAAGGAACAAAUCAAAAAUACAUCAACAGAUUAAGAACUUUAAGGAGAAAAACACCCUUGUUCAAUGCUGAGUUACCAUAA